GUUACGGCAUGGACCUGAACGGCGCUCGUCGAAAAAACGCGACGCGAGAAACGACGAGUACGCUGAAAGCGUGGCUGAACGAACACAAGAAGAACCCUUAUCCGACCAAAGGCGAGAAGAUCAUGUUGGCCAUCAUCACCAAGAUGACCUUGACGCAGGUGUCCACGUGGUUCGCGAACGCUAGGCGGAGACUUAAAAAGGAGAACAAAAUGACCUGGGAACCCAGGAACCGAGUCGAGGACGACGACAAUAAUAACGAUGACGAUGAACAUGACAGGAAAAGCACCGAUGGAAAAGAUGUUUUAGAUUCCAAAGACAGCGGUACGGCGUCGAGCGAAGACGGCGACCGCCCCCCGCACCCCCGACUGACAGGCGCUGACACAGCGAGCGAGUGGAGUGAGUCCCGGCCUGAUAGCGGGCCAGACAGCCCCGAGAUUUACGAGCGACCUCCUCACCCCGCCUUCUUACCCCCUAGAUCGUCAGGAUCGCCGCCUCAACUGUCAGCGUCUGUCACCUCGAAACCAAGGAUCUGGUCGCUGGCGGACAUGGCCAGCAAAGAAAGUGACGGACCUCCACAUACGUUUCCUCUUCCAGAGUCCCUCCUCGACGUUAUAUUCAACAGCCGCCGGCAGACUGGUCCCCAGCUUAAGCUCUAGGUUGCCCCCUCCAGGUUUGCAUUCGACGCCGUACGCGAGGCCGCACGACUUCUAUCGCAGCCUGUACACGCCUCAACAUCUAGCGGCUUCGAGCGGAUCCCCUGACGCGUCUCUCUUGGAGACGUACCAGCGGACCCUAGGCGCGGCGAACUUGAUCGCCGCGACGGCCGCCUCCACAGCUACCAAAGCCACAUCCAGCUCUAGUAUCGGUCUUCCUCUGGGUCUGACGACGACCUCAUCCAGGAUGUCACCUUCGUCGACGUCAUCACUGUCCUCGGGCUCGGAAACGCCGAUCAAGCCGGUCGCCUUGAAUAAGGCUUGACCUGUUGUGCUGCUGGCCAACGGUAAAUGGCCAUGAUCUACCUCUAGUGAGCGCAAGGACUAAACCUCGAACUUUGACCGGUAAAGUGAUGAUGAUCUUUUACAAUUUUGUACCAUCGUUGUCUGUACUUUCAUCUGUCAUUUUGUCACUCGAGUGGAUGAAUGUGUG